AUUCACCCCCUUGGUCUAUGCCUCGAGGCAACCGCAGCGGUCGACCACCCAAUCCACUCGUUUUCUCCCACAACGACCCGAUCCACUCGUCCUCCCCCCAAAUAUUUCCCCAAUCUUCCUCCUCUCCCAGAACGCCUCUCCUCCCCCGAUCCAAUCCCAGUUCGCUAGGAGUCAAUCCUCCAAUCCAAGGCAGUCGCUGGUCAUCGAGAGAGUAAUGGCGGCCAGUCUAUAUAAACUCCUAGUACGGUGUGUGCCUCACUGGAGCCAUGGCGGCAGUGGAGCGGGCGGCGGAGCAGGCGGUGGAGCGGAAGCCGACGAUGGCCGCGAUGGCCGGCGGCGCUACACGCGACCGCGGAGGAUCUGGUUCUGGAGGCCCUCAUCGUGCUCGUGCAGUCAAGUUUCGAGUGCGUACGCCCUCGUACAUCCUUCGGCGGCGGAGAUUCGGUUGCGGCGCCAAGAUCCUUGACCUGGACGAGGACAUAGGGGCUGAUGGUGAAACAGGUGUAGGCCAUGGAGGCGCCGUACCCGGUGCUGCAGCGGGUCAUGCGGCUAACCAGGUCGACACGGCAGCAGGUACUAACCAGGUCGACGGCACGCGGCAUCAGUGCGUCUUGGAGCUGACCAUGAUGGAGCGGCCGCAGGUGCUGGGAAUGUAGCGGAGAAGAUGAGCAAGCACUUCCAGCUUCGUAAGUUGGCUGGAUGCAAAAUCUUCAAUUUGUUUGACUUGUAGUUUGGCUGGAUGUAGCAAGUAUGGCUGCAUAUUUUUAUGUUCUGCAAGUAUGAAAAUCGAUUCGUACUAUUGGAGUAUGGCAGAUAUUACUACUAUGGAUGAUCUAUUGUUAUGGUGAUUAGUGUCCUGGUCUCUAAAGAUAAUUUUUUGUUAUGAAUGAUCUAUUGUUAUGGUGA